CACACUUGACGCCGGUGAACGCUGCUGGGUGGAGCUCAACGUUUGCAGCCGGGCACAGGUUUCAACUGCGUGCGACCCUCGUGUAUAAAGGCAGCGGGUCAUUCGGUGCAGGAGAGCGUCCAAAACCAAGCUAGCCAUGCCGAUCAUGUCGAUAUGCCGCACGCCCGACUCGGACGGGUGGGAAGAGCUGCAGGACAUGAGCUUCAUCCAGCCCUACCUGGACAAGAUGAACGGGUCCGGCCACGGCACUAAUGGGUCUGCUGGGACGCCGGACGAUGAGCGAGCCUGGACCAUCGGCGUCAUCAACUCGCGUGCCAAGUAUCUCACUGCGGAAACGUUCGGAUACAAGAUCAACGCCAACGGCGUUUCCUUGAAGAAAAAGCAGCUGUGGACGCUGCAGCCGACCGGACAGCGCGACCACGUGAGCCUGCGCUCCCACCUCGGCAAAUACCUGGCCGUCGACAGCUUCGGCAACGUCACGUGCGAGGCCGACGAGCUGGAGCCGGGCGCCGUGUUCGAGAUCGCCGUGGCCGACGACGGCAGUGGCCGCUGGGCCUUUAAGAACGUGGAGCGGAAGUACUUCUUGGGCGCCGGCGGCGAUAAGCUCCUGUGCAACGCCAAGACACCCUCAGACGGAGAGCUUUGGUACAUCCACCUGGCAGCUCGGCCCCAGGUCAACGUGUACAGCGUGGGACGCAAGCGGUUCGCGCACCUCUCCGAGUCCCUGGAGGAGAUCCACGUGGACGCCAACAUCCCCUGGGGCGAGGACACGCUCUUCACGCUCGAGUUCCGCGACAACCACUACGCCGUGCACACGUGCAACAACCUAUACCUGCACCGCGAUGGGCGACUGCAGAGCUCCUGCUCCGAGGACUGUCUCUUCGCCAUCGAGUACCACAACGGCAGCCUGGCGCUGCGUGACCGCUCAGGCCGCUACCUUUCUCCCAUCGGCUCCAAGGCCCUACUUAAGACACGUGCCCAGGCAGUGACUAAGGACGAGCUGUUCUCGCUGGAGAACUCUCUGCCCCAGGCCUGUUUCGGCGCCGUGCUCAACGACCGCUACGUCAGCGUCAAACAAGGCGUUGACGUGACGGCCAAUCAGGAGGAGGUGGGAGAGCACGAGCGCUUCCUGAUGGAGUACGACCUGGCCACGCGACGCUGGUACAUCCGCACCAUGCACGACAAGUACUGGACGCUCGGCACCGCCGGCGGUAUCCAGGCUGCCUCCGGGAAGAAGUCGUCCAACAGUCUGUUUGACCUGCUGUGGCACCGCAAUGGCACUGUCUCCUUCCGGGCCAACAACGGCAAAUGCCUGUCCACCAAGAAGUCCGGACACCUGUUUGCGAACUCGGAGGAGAACGAGGAGUCCGCCAGGUUUUACUUCUACCUCAUCAACAGACCUAUCUUGGUUCUCAAGUCUGAGCAGGGCUUUGUUGGCUACAAGAGCUCCAGCACCACGAAACUGGAAUGCAACAAAGCGUCUUAUGAGACAAUUCAAGUGGAGAGGGGGCAGCGUGGACAGGUCUUCUUCAAAGGCCAAAAUGGGAUGUACUGGACGCCCGACGAUGGGGUGUCAGCUUCCAGCCGUGAGCCGUACCCCUUCUACCUGGAGCUGCGCGAACCCACGCGCAUGUGCAUCAAGGACGAACAGGGCGCCUACCUCUGCGCGCAGAAGAACGGCUCCUUCCGGCUGGACUCGACCGAUGCGGACCGCGCCACCUAUUGGGAGUUUUAGACACUAGAGUUGUGGAAGCGGCCACGCCGCGACGCUGCGAGCGGGAUUAGGUGCCAACGCUGGGGCGGGAAGAGCGAUCGAGUGCAGGGCGGAGCGCUGGGUAUGACACACCGUCUCACGGAGGCGAUGGUCGAAGGGUGUCGCGAGGCAGGAACGGCGUCCUCUGCAGCGUCCUGGGCGUAGCUUUUCGGCCAACGACGCGGGCUUAUGAUCAAAGUGGCCGUUUCGGGCGUCAGUUACUCACCGACGGAAGCAGACAUAUUGCGCAUGUGGGAGUGUUUCUGCUCGGGUGUUGGCGUGGACGUGUAUAGAGGCCUGGCCACCGUGCGUUGUGACGAACUCGAGCUGCUUUUGUACGUUAGUAGAUACUGGAUAUGGGACACGCUGGUCCGCUUCACGGCUUUGGACCGUUUUAAAAGGCUACGUUCGCGGAGGACAUGAUCGUGAUUUGUAACACGUAGCCUCUAACUUCUCAAACCAAAGGUCGGGUAAGUAAAUAGGUUGUCCGGGGUUGUUGACUGCUUUGUUUUUGAAACCGUGUACAGUCCAUAAAGGCUGAGUUGGCGUGCUCCAUCGCAAGCAUGCCAUGCAUUUUGUUUAUAUUUUUACGCCCUCACAUGAUGCGCCUUUAUUUGAUACUGGUGGUUCUUCAGUACACCGCGACACCUCUUGUGGCGAGCUACGAUUUCAAUAAAUGAAACAGCGCCGCUGCA